CAUGGUUAGGAAGUCCCUCAUAUGUUAACAUAGUUCAUUUGUAUUUACAUGACUGUCGUAGGGCCAAGGCAUUACCAUCACUUGGGCAGCUAUCUUCGCUAAAAGAAGUGUACAUCAAAAGUCUAAAUGCAAUAUGCACCGUAGGGCCUAAAUUUUAUGGAACUAAAAGUCCUUUUCCAUCCUUAAUAACAUUAAAAUUUGAGGACAUACCUUUAUGGGAGGACUGGUCUCAUUGCAUUGGUACCGAAGUAGAAGUUUUCUUCCCUCGUCUCGAGCAUCUCAUCAUUCGGGAUUGUCCUCUGUUGAUCGGAAAAUUGCCUAGUCAACUAAGUUCCCUUAUAAAGCUCAAAAUUAAGUCAUGUUCGCGUAUGGAUACCUCGUCCUCUAUCAUUAGCCUUCCAUCCCUCAAUGAUUUAUACUUUGGAAGUUGUAAUGAGGGAUUGCUAAAGAGUUUGGUUAACCUAACAUCUCUUACCGCUCUUGUCAUAGAAGAUGUGGCUGAAUUGACUUGCUUAAAUCAUGAGUUUACAAGCUCCUUGAUCAAGCUGGAGAAGUUGGAGAUUAGUAGUUGUGAAAAGUUGAUACACUUAUGGCAAGAUAGAGACGUAACUCGAAAUCUCAUUUCUCUGAAGAGCUUACUUGUCAAUAGUUGUCCUAGGUUGAUAUCUUUUGUGGCUAAAGAAGGAGAUGUAGAGCUGCCCGGCAACCUUGAGACUAUCGAUUUGAGGAAUUGCUUCAAUUUAGAGACCCUCCCAAGCAAGAUGCACGUCCUCUCCUCUCUUAAGGGCUUGGCCAUUAAAAAGUGUCCAAAACUUGUUUCCUUCCCUGAUACAGGUAUACCGACAUCAUUGAUGUCAUUAGAUAUAAAUCAUUGCAAGAUGUUGCAAUUUUUACCUAGAGGAUUAAGUAUUCAACUGGAUGAACUAAGCAGCAAUAGUAGCGGUAAUCACAGUGGCAUGAUGCCUUGUCUGCAAGAGUUGAGGAUCUUUGGAUGUGAUUCUCUGCCAACCUCUCCAUUUGGCAAGGGUAGAUUUUCACUUGGGUCCCUUAGGAGACUAACUAUUGGAAAUUGCAAGGAAGUGGAGUCGCUCAUGGAGAUAAACCUAGACCAUCUUCCUUCACUUGAGGUGACCAAAAUUUUGGAUUGCAAGAAUUUGAGAAGCUUACCCCAGGGCUUGCACACGCUAUCCCAUCUCACUUCCUUGGUAUUGGACAGAUGUCCUGAUCUAGAGCUCCAGUGCUUCCCUCCUCUUCCUCCCAGCAUCUCGAGCUUGUGGUUUUCUUGGUGUCCAAAAAUAAAAUCCUUACCUAAUCAAUUGCACCGACUUACAUAUCUCCGUGUUCUAAUAAUUUCAUGGUGUGAGAGUAUUACAAGCUUUCCCCAUGGAGGAUUACCACCCCAGUUACAGACACUUAGGAUAUGGGGAUGCAGGAAUAUGAAACAGCCAGUAAGGGAGUGGCUUACCCCCCUCACCUCCCUUCAAUAUCUCAGGAUCGACGGUAGCGUUGGAAGAGUGGGGGAGGAGAAGGAUCUUCUGCUUCCGCUCCCUCCUUCUCUGCUCCAUCUUGAAAUUAAAGAUAUGCUGAACGUGGAAAGACUGUCCAGCAAACUCCCUCCCUCUCUUCAGACCUUAUUGAUCUAUGAUUGCCCGAAGCUGAGGGAAUUGCCCCAGGAUGGCCUCCCUCCCACCCUAGGAGAACUCUGGAUUGAAAGAUGUAGGAUUCUCAAGGAGCGAUGCUCGACACUAACCGGCUGCUAUUGGCACCUCAUCCGUGAAAUCCCGCAAGUCACAUCCAGAUAAGAUUUGUCAACUCCAUCAGAAUAACCUGUCAGCUACAGCUUCUCGUUUCUAUUCUCUGCUUAGUAGCUGUGAUUGCGGUAGUUGCAAUGAUCCCUCUACAGUUCAUGCGGUGAUGGCAUUGGAAUUGUUUGAAUGCCUUCUUCCAAGUCAUCCUCGCCCCUUGAAUCAAGACGUGCAUUUGCUCCCAAGAAGACUUCCAUGCCUCGAUUCAUAUCAUCAAACUCGGAUCGCAUUGGAAUUCCAUUGGUGAAGUUUGUGGGUACGACCCAGUUACCCAUGUAAAGGUCUAUAUAGCUCUCCUUCACCGUUGCCUCACCAGUAUUGAGUCUAGGAGAAGAUGCUAAGGGGGACAUCCGACCAUGCCACUGCGGCCUUUCUCGUUAAGAUCUUGACUUUUGUGGAAACUUUUCCACGAUUAGUUGGUUCGUGAAUUUCUCAAGAGGAUAGCAUUCACCAGAAGUGGAAGAAACUCUGUAUUGACUUUUGGUCGGCAUUUACAGAUACAAUGUACAUAUUCCCACAAACGUGAUCUUCAUUUCUGACCACACUCUGCGGUACAUCGAAAUAUAUGUAGGAAAUGGAUUAUUGUGCCUCAA